AUGUUUGGAGUUAUCAUAGUGUACUCAAGGUGGGAACUAGAGUCUUUUGCGCCUAAUUGUAACCUGCAAGUUGAGAAUUCAGGCUUUGGAUCAUUUAGAUUGACUCAUUCUUCGGAAGAAGAGAAGUAUUUUAGAAGUAAGCAAUACCGUGCGACGCGCCUAUCGGUUGUUAGUGUCACAUCGCUACGCGCUUUUAGAGCUGAAAAAACUUAUUCUCGAAGAUGA